AUGCCCAUCGCAGAGCUCUUUCUUGGUGCCUUUCUUCAGGUGCUGUUCGAUAGGUUGGCCUCUCGCGAGCUGUUCAAAUUUGCGCAGCGUGAGAGGAUUGAUAUGCUAUUUAAGAAAUGGGAGAAGAUGCUGAAGAGUAUCAAGGAAGUGUUGAAUGAUGCGGAGGACAAACAACUCACUGGUUGUCAUGAGGUGAAGUCGUGGCUUGAAGAUCUCGAGAACUUGGCCUACGAUAUCGAAGACUUGCUUGAAGAGUUCACCAUAGAAUCUACUAAAAGCAAGUUCAAGGCAGAACCUGGCACUAGCAAGGCGCAUUCCCUUCUUCCCAGUUGUUGCUUCACAAUGAGCCCUAGAGCAUUGAUGUUCAAUCAUAAAAUGAGAUCUGAGAUGGGGGAACUGGAUGCCCGAUUGGGGAAAAUCAUAGAACGUAAAAAUGGUCUGGGCCUGAGAAAGAACGAGGGGGAGCGAUUAGCAUACCGCCAGCCAGAUAAGCCGAAGCGCACUACAAAUCUGCCCGAGCCUUGUUUCGUUAGUAGGGAGGAUGAAAAGAGGGAGAUCCUCAAAUUACUGGUUAGAGAAGAAGAUGAUAGAACAUGUGCGGAUCUAGAAGUGAUUGCCAUCGUAGGGAUGGGGGGUGUUGGGAAGACGAGUCUAGCUCAGCAGGUCUACAAUGAUGCUGGAGUGACCCACUAUUUCGAUGUGAAAAAAUGGGUUUGUGUUUCUGAUGAUUUUGACGUGCAUGCUAUUACAAAGUGUAUCCUACAAAAAACAAACCCCACUUUGCCCUGUAAUGAUAAAGACCUGGAUUGGUGUCAGGAAAAGCUCAAGGAAUCCCUUUCAGGGAAGAAGUUUCUUUUCAUUUUAGAUGAUGUUUGGAAUGAGGAUUAUGAAGAAUGGAGUGUCCUUUUGAAGCCUUUUGAAUCAGGAGCAAAAGGAAAGAAGAUCAUUGUCACGACUCGUAACCGCAAGGUUGCCUUAAUGGCCGAUGCUCAACUGAUAACUCUCGAACUGUUGUCAUUAGAUGAUUGCAUGACUUUGUUCGCAUCUCAUGCUUUUGGAGUCCAAAAUUCAAAUCACCGUCCUCGUUUUGAAGCAUUAGGUCUCCAAAUAGUGAAAAAAUGCAAAGGAUUGCCAUUAGCUGUGAAGACAGUGGCCGGCCUGCUACGCACUACAGUCAAUCCCUGUGAUUGGGAAGAUAUAUUGAACAGCAAGAUUUGGAAUCUAUCAGAAGGAAGAAAUGAUAUCCUUCCGGCUUUGAAACUUAGCUACCUCCAUCUCCCUUCUCAUCUGAGGAGAUGUUUCGCUUACUGUGCUAUAUUUCCCAAGGAUUAUGAAAUCAAACAUGAUGAGUUGAUUCAUUGGUGGAGUGCAGAGGGCUUGUUGGAGGGAAAAGGAGGAAAGAACCGUUGGAAUUUAGGUUUGAAUUAUUUCAACGAGCUAGAAUCUAGAUCGUUAUUUCAAAAGUCGAGUAGUGAUGGAUCACGAUUUUUGAUGCAUGAUCUUGUGAAUGACCUAGCAAAACUAGUUGCAGGUGCAACCCAUUAUGGCUCAGGCGAGUUUGAGUUUGAGGGUGAUCAAAAUAAUGCAUCCUUAGUUCGUCACGCCUCGUUCAUUCCCAGUGAACACAUUGUGCCAGAAAGAUUCAAGAUAUAUCAUCAAAUGAAGAGACUUAGGAGCUUCAUAUCGUUAGCGAAGCAUUCUUACCCUUGGGCGAUGUUUUUUUUGUCCCAGAAAGUGCUAUGUGACUUGUUGUCAGAAUUGAAGUACUUGAGGGUGCUUUCGUUAAGUCACUACAAGAUCAGUGAGGUACCGGAUUGCAUUGGUGAUCUAAGGCACCUAAGGCACCUUAAUCUGUCAUAUACCAAUAUUGCAAGGCUUCCAAAGUCAAUUGUUCAACUGUAUAACAUCGAGACUUUGAUGUUGUGA